AUGUACUUGUUUGUCAAUGGAUAAUGGUCGUAUACCCGCCAAGGGAUCGAUAGCAGCCGUGGGUUGUUAUUCCGUGUCUAAAACGUCAGUGGUGACGUACGGUUGUUUUGCGACUGAAGUACAGGAGAAACAGAAUUAAAUCACGCAUCAAACAUGGAAACAGAAGAGAGCGAUGCACACCCAAAACCGACGACGAUGCGCAGUGAAAAGAGCACUGCUAUCGACUACGAUGAAGAUAGACUGCACGAGAUGACAGCGUCUUACUCCGAGAUAUCAUUUGACUCGCAAUCGUCGCCGCCGAUCUCAGAAUUAAGAUCGCUCAUUGAUUCCCCGGAUAUUGACGGAACGAAAUUUUUGGAGGAUAGUUUGGAAAAAAUGAAUGCAGUCGGCGGAAGGCCUGAUCAGUUGAAUUUAAAAAACAGAGAGGAUAGUCCGGUCGAGGAUGAGGAAGUCGAUCCGCCGAGCUAUCACAAAGCUAUCGGCUAUUUACAGCUCGAAGGAACCGUGAUGCAAGACGGUGAUAUGGUGUUGUUCGUAACAGAAGAUUUGGAAAAUAAAAUUAAACUCUCGAGUCCAGUGACGAAAAAAGGGGAAAUCCCCUCAUUUCCAGGCUCUCGUAGUUCCACUCCUUGUUUGUAUAGGCAGGCACUGACACCCCAACUGCCCCUUCUUGAUCACAAUAUAUUAAACGAGCUAGAAAUGGAAGCGAGAAAGGUCGCAACUUCCGUCGAUGCGCUGACAGAAAAUUUGGCCGCAAUUUUGCACAGUGCGUCCGCGUUGACAGUCGGAUGCUUGGAAGCUUACAGGGACGCUGUAUGUAAAACGUGUGACGCGGUAGACCACAACAUUAAAUCAAUGUACCAAUUGAUGGCGAAAUGCGAGGAGUUGUCGAAAUCAAUGGGACCGGUGUACAAACUGGCCGAACAAAUUAAGGAAAUGAAGAGGAUGUUGGAACUGUUCGAAACUGCGAUGAAUCUGUGAACUGUACACGGUGAACGUAUUUCCACUCUUCUAUGUUAUUUCUACGUGUAACGAUAGCGGUUGUUUCUGUAAUGUACAGUUAAUAAUAUGAGAU